CAGGGGGCUCGGGGAGGUGCAUGAAUGAGAGUUAUAGGAGGCGACAGAGACAGAACUUUCCCCCUGAGUCGAUCUGCAACAGCCUGGCAAACAAGAUGAGGGCCGCGCUGCUGCUGCUGCUGUUAGUCACGCUCAUCACCGUCCAAACUGUAGCUGGAGGGAAAAACAAGAAAGAGAAAAACAAACCCUCCCAGUCCGGGUCAGAAUGCACCGACUGGCGCUAUGGCAACUGUGUCCCUAGCAACGGGGACUGCGGAGCAGGGUUUAGAGUGGGGUCAUGUGACCAGCAGAACAAGAAGAUGAAGUGUAGAGUACCUUGCAACUGGAAAAAGGACUUUGGAGCUGACUGUAAGUACCGCUUUGGCAGUUGGGGAGAGUGUGAUCCGACCUCUGGCUCACGGACCAGAACAGGGACACUGAAGAAGGCUUUUUUUAAUGCUGAGUGUCAACAGACCAUUUCCGUCUCCAAACCUUGCACUGGAACAACCAAGACAAAAACCAAAGGCAAGAAGAAAAAAGGCAAGGGCAAUUAGAAACAGGCUGUACUCAAGAGUCUCCAGGAACAGACAAGAGUCUUCAGAGCUGAAGAACAAAUAGAAAUAAAACAAAAAUGAUCUGAACCAGCUUUCCUCUGACAGUUGCACAGUGCCCCCAACACUUAGAGAUUUAUAGCCUAAUUUCCAUACACGCAAUUUUGAAUCCAGGUUUCCUAAACUAUAUGUAGCGUAUUGUUACUGUAUGUGUCCCCAGCAGGUAGGAUAGCAAGACAUUUUUUUAAGACAAAGAAAGGAGACCUUUAGACACCCAUGUUUUCAACAAUCAUUAAAAAGCCCAUUUUUUAAGCAACGGUUCUUCCAAAUCAAAUCUGGGUAAAAACUCAGCCCUUUAGCAAAUACCCUAAUUUGUAAACCUUAUUUCUAAGAGUGUAUAUACAUUUCUAAACUACCAUGUUCCUUAACUUUGAAAUAUUGUUCAAAAAAAGUUCUUCAUCGACCCUUUGACCAAUCACUACCAAACCUGUCAUAGACUAAAUGUAUCUACACUGGGCGUGGGAGCUAUUUUAACUCCCAGGUUGUCUCAGCUUGUCUAUGCUUUGGGUCUGAAUCAUUUUGUUAGUCUUGGAUGUGUCAGUAGCAUCCACACACAAACUUGUAUACUCUGUGUUUUCUUGUUUCAGCUAAUUCUGGGACAACAAACACAACCAAGAAUCCAUGCUUUUCACUUAUUCUAACCACAGUGGCUUGUAGAUGAAAGGGCAUUUGGAAUAUUGGCUUUGUACAUUUCCUUUCCCUUGUCAUACAUUUUUUAAACACUUUGAAUAUUGAAGAAAACACAUUUUAUGUAAGGCUUUUCCUUGCUCACCAUUUCCUCCCACUUUAGAUUGACCUUUUUUUCUGGCGUCAUUUCUUUUUCCACUUUUCUUUUGUUUAUUAAAAUUUCCGAACAUACUGUAAAA